AUGUCUGACGCUAAGCCCCUCCGUAUCGUCUUCGCCUGUGACGAGGCUGGUCAACCGUACAAGGAGACCCUCAAGGCCACGCUAGAGAAGCACCCUCUCGUCGAGUCCAUCCAGGACGUCGGUGUCAACUCCACCUCUGACAAGACGGCCUACCCUCACCCCGCCGUGGCGGGUGCGAAACUAAUCAAGGAGGGCAAGGCGGACCGUGGUCUCUUCAUCUGUGGCACCGGUCUGGGCGUUGCCAUCUCCGCCAACAAAGUCCCCGGUAUUCGGGCCGUAACUGCGCACGAUUCCUUCUCUGUCGAGCGCUCCAUCCUCAGCAACGACGCUCAGGUGCUCUGCUUCGGUCAGCGCGUCAUCGGCAUUGAGCUAGCGAAGAAGCUGGCCAAUGAGUGGGUGACCUACCGCUUCGACCCCAAGAGCGCCUCGGCCGCCAAGGUCCAGGCCAUCUCGGACUACGAGACCCAGCUUGCUGCCGCUCAGUAA